UUUUAAACAUAAUUGAGGAAGUUGGUAUUAAUCAUGUGGGUUUGCAAGCUGUUUUAGAAGUUGAAGUGAGAAAAAAAAUGAUCACCUAUGAAGAACUGUCCGAUGUGGAACUCUCAGAAAAAAUUAGACUUUUUAUUCUGAAAUUUAGAGUAAAGUAUACAAAGCAAAUUCGUAAUUUUGCAAGACUAACUAAACAAGAACUGCCCUGGUUAGAGGGUGAGUUGUUUCAGAAUAAAAAAGCUGAACUUGAUUUAGCUAUAAAAGCCGGUAGACCAGAAAAAAAAUGGACAGAGUGUUCAUUAAGAACAAAAAGAAGGAAAGUUUCAAGAUUGGCUAAAACCCAUUCAACUAAAGAGUUAGCAGAAGCUGCUGUUGUAAGUACUAAAUCAAGUCCUAAAAAAUUGGAUUUGGGAAUGUUUUCUCAAGUUCAAACAAGCAAAACAAAAAAAAAGGACAAACAUCAGCCAACUAUGAUGUCUGCAGAACAAGCUUUAUCACUUAAAAUUCAUUGUGAUUUGAGUGAUUCGCAAUAUCAGAUUAUUCGAAACUUAUCUCUGAUGCAAAAUGCUGACAUUUAUCCCCCGUUAAAAACAAUCCUAAAAUCAAAAGUAGAUUGUUACCCAGAGGGUUUGCAUAUUACAGAAACAUCUGCAAAGUGUAGUUUUUAG